UCCCGCGCGCCAGAGACCGUAACGCACCCUCGGGAGUGUUUGAUAACCCGGACUUGGUCUCUGGGACACCCGUGUCGAGGCCCAGACCCAGAUUGCCCAGCAGUUUGCCCCCGGCCCCAGUUGGUGUCACCGUGUUCUCCUCGUUCGGUUUUUUUUUUCGUUGCGUUUUUCCGUCAAUUCCCCCAUUCAGUAAUAUAACAAAAAAUAAAAUAAAAUAAAAUAAAUAACGAUUGUUUAAUCGACAGCAGUGGGGGUGAACGAGAAAUAUUUGGAGGUAUUUGUGUUGAUUCGACGAUCUCACGAUUAUUUUUCGUUGGGCUACGGUGAGAAUUGGAGGAUUGAGAGAGAAAUAAAAAAAAAAAGGCACAGUUGAUUACUGAAACACUUUGGGGAUUAGUCAGUGGUGGUGUGGAAUACGAAUCUCAAGAUGGCUGCUGACUCGGGAAUGGAGACGUGUCCGUCACCAGAAAUUGCGGACUCGAGGAAACGGCCGUUGGAUUGCGACGUGGAGAACGGGGCGACCAAGAGGUCUCAUUACGGCUCAGGAGGAGAUGGAAUGUAUCACCUCAAAGUUCUUGUCCCGGGGGUGGCGGCUGGUGCCAUCAUUGGGAAAGGGGGUGAGACCAUUGCCCAACUACAGAAGGACACCGAGGCCAGGGUCAAAAUGUCAAAGGCUCGUGAUUUUUAUCCAGGCACUUCCGAGCGAGUCUGUUUAAUAACCGGUAGUGUCGAAGCCAUAAUGCAAGUUAUGGACUUCAUAAUGGAAAAAAUACGGGAGAAACCCGAUUUAACAGCCAAAACAACAGUGGACUUUGACUCGGGCAAGGCAACAGCCGAGAGAGACAAGCAGGUUAAGAUUCUGGUGCCCAACAGUACUGCUGGCAUGAUCAUAGGAAAAGGUGGUAAUUACAUAAAACAGAUUAAAGAGGAGUCCGGAUCGUACGUACAAAUAAGUCAAAAGGCCAAGGACUUGUCCCUCCAGGAGCGUUGCAUCACUGUAAUUGGUGAUAAGGACAACAAUCGCAAUGCCCUUCUCAUGAUUCUAGCUAAGAUAGCCGAUGAUCCUCAGAGUGGCACGUGUCUUAACGUGAGCUACGCAGAUGUCAGUGGGCCAGUGGCCAAUUACAAUCCAACAGGCAGCCCCUAUGCACAAGCACCAGCCACCACGCCAACGUACACGUCACCAGCAGGUCUCAAUACUGUGUCUCUGCUGAAUGGUGCAGGUCUCAGCCUGAAUCUGAACCUGGGUGCAGCGAUAACAACAGGCACUGCACCAGUGACAUCUCAACUGUUGGAGCACUUGAAGCUACAUCUGAGGACCACAGGCUUCUCAGAGGCAGCAGCCACAGAAAUUCUAACAGCAGCAGCAACUCUGGCCAAGUACAACAUCCUUGGUAUGGGCAUUGGUGUACCAUCGAGUAUGUCAUACCUCGGUAACCCAAUCGACAGUACCACAUCAGCAAAUGGCUCCAACAACAACGGAGGUGUAUUCGGGCCAAUUGGCACUGUUCCCACAAUGGGCUCAACAUCACCAACACCCCGAAAUACUCUCGACAGAUACGAGCCCUUCGAUGCAUUCAGACAGAACAGCACAGCAGUAUCAGCAAUACACCUUAACAACAAUUCAUUUGGACUUGGAACAAAUCAAUUGUCACUCGAAAAAUAGCUUCACGGCAAGGCAAUGUACGACGAGCAAGGACGAUUCGGAAAUGGAGCUUUCUACUGCGUACCUGACAGUAUUCACAGUUUGAACAAUAAUGGUUGAAUAAUUACACACACACACUGACACGUUAACGUGCUCGUGAGUUUCGCCAACCGAGAAUGCCGAGAAGCUGGUUUUCCUUCUUUAAACAGAGUCUCCUUGAACAUAAUUCAAUAGGUAAGCGUCAAAGAGAUGUGUUUACAGACAUAAAUAUUCCCAAUAGCAAUGAGAAAAAAAGAGAAAAAAAAAACAAACAAGAAAAAAUAAUAACAUGACAUUGAUAAUCGUGUGAGAGUAUUCAACCAUUGGUGUCAAAUAUUAUCCAAGAUAUAUGGAAUGUCGAGGUGAAGAACAGGGAAAAUAGCUUCACACCAGUUUUGUCCUGGAUGUCGUGCACAGAGACGAAGGAUAAAUUCACCCCAAUUAAUCCUAACGGCUAUAACGAAAAUUUGUUUUUAAAAGAAAAAAAAUUAAAUCGCUUGUCUGUGCAUGUCUCUUUGGUGAUACUCUUUUGGAUAAACCUGAUAUGACCCCCUGAUAAGAGAAAUUUAUUAAAAUUAUAAUCAAAAUGAGCCUUUUUCAACGACUAACCUCGUUCCAAACGUCAGAGAACGGUUGAUUAUAAUAUAUAUAUAUACAUACAUAUAGAAUAUAAACACUUGAAUGACGUAGCAUCUGGAGAUAAUGCUACUUACGAGUUGUUGAAUGUUUAAAAGAUUAAUAUUAAUUGAUAAUGAGAGUAGAUAAAACGCCAUUAAUUGAUCGAUUGAACGCGAUUAUUUCCGGUGGAUAUGGAUGAUAUAAUGAUUAUGUUAAGUAUGUAAACUAGCCAAAAUAUAUUGAAUAUUGAACGUAUACAAAGUAUAUUAGGAAAAUUCGCGUUCAAUUACAAUCGUUCAAGUGUCGAAGGUUUAUUAAUAUAUUCAUAUUCAUUAAUAUAAAUUAGAAGAGAUAUAUGUAUGUUCAUCUAUAAUAUAUGCAGAUUCAUACACUGUAUGUGUAUGUAUAUAUAUAUGAGUGGAGAUAUUCAUCGAUUACACAGUGCAAUUCGUCUUUUUUUUUUCUCUUUUUAUCGCCACUUCCAUUAUUUCUUUUCGUUUCUCCUUCACUCUGUUAUUUUUUUUUUUUCAACAUUGUUAUUAUCAUUUUUCUCUGUUCAUUCGUCAUGAUAAUUGCACAGUUGUUACAUAAAACGUGACGUCGAGAGGUCAAUUCAGAAUCAUAAAUUCUUAUUUUCGACGAUUCAUCAAACUCAUCAUUGUAAGUGAAAUUAGGGUGACGAUUAGGGAACAUUUAUUGUUAAAUUGAUAAUUUUAGGGAUGUAAUUGGUUAUUGGAGGAUUAGACGUGUUGGACAGUGUAGGAAUUGCCUCGAGGUAUCGGGAGAUGAAUUUAUUUAUGUAUAAAGUGAUAAGGAACGAUCAAUUCAACAUCUGUAGUGAGGAAAAAUAUUAAUUUCACUUGAUUAUUUGGUUGAGGCGUUUAUUCCGUUGGUCUAGGAUUGAGAUAAUAAUAAAUUUGAUAAAUCAUGGAUUGUGGGUGGUUUUGGCUCUGGGUUUUCGUUGUCGUUUUUAAUAUUAAAGAAUUUUCCUCAUUGCAAUUACCAUUACGCGUGACUUGGUCACGUAACUUGGCUGUGUGUUGCUAGGCUACAUCAUGAAUUCAUUGAAUCAUUCUCAAUCUAGUGGGACGAUUGAAUUUGAGGGGAAAUAUUAUAUAGAUUGCAAUAGAAAAGAGAAAGAUAUAGAUAUAUGUAUAUAUAUAUACAUGCAUAUAACAGAUCAUGAGAAGAAAUAUAUUCUCCCAAUUGUCGAACGAUUGGGGGGUCAAAUGCUUAUUUAAUUGACGUUAAAAGGAAUUAUUGAAGAACAGAGAAAUAAUAGCUUGUAAUUAAUAAUAACAUCUCAUGCUCCAUUAUUAAAUUAAUGUGCCAUAAUUGUGCACUGAAAACAAGAGACACUAUUUCCCCCAUCUUUUAUUUACCAUCUCAUUGUCACUGAAGUACACGAACGUGGAUUGUUAAAGUUUAUUCCACCACUCAUUGUCGAUGCCAUGAGUUAUUUAUUAGCACGAGAGCAAUGGGAUGAUACCUUUAAUUUUCAUUAAAAUUUAUUAAAAAGAAAAAAAGCAUUAACUGAAAUAGUGAUUUGUGAAACUUCGAGUUGUUGAUAAUGGUGCUAUAAUUCAAUCGAACAAAUCCACGUCCACUAUAUCACAUCACGAGGGAAUUCCAUGGCAUUCCACAUAAUCACUAAUUAAUGACUUCAUUGUGCAUCAUAAAUCAAGAGUCACAAAGCAAAAAGAAAAUAUAUCAAUUAAACUCGCACGUAUUGACAAUAGCAAUGAUUUUUUAUCCUUCAAAAACAAAGUGAAAAUAAUGACGGGAUAUUAUUGAUUUAUCUUCUGAUAUAAAUUGCAUUGAUUAAAGCCUAAAAUAGACAUCACUGUAAUUGAUAAGAUUCAACAUCACUCGCGUUUAUUCCGAAUAUAUUAAACGUCCAGAAUAAAUGAGGACCUCGUAAAAGGAUAAUGCAAGAAGUUAAGAAAAUAAUUGUACAGAAAUUGUACAUGUUACUCCAUUUGGGAUCGAUUAGAUAGAUUAUUUAGGUUGUUAAUUUGGGGAUUGAGAUGGAGACGAUGUGAAUUUAUGAUAAAAGAUGAAAUGAUUAAAAGAAUAAUAAUGCAAUAUAUAAAUCCGGAUGAACUCGUUGUUGUUGAGGUAGACAAGUAGCAGUAGCAGCUCGGGGAUAAAACAGAUAUUAAAUAUUAAUGAAAAAAGGAAUAUUAAAAGUACCUUGUUGAGUAUAAGUAAAUGCAUAAAUAGCGUUUUAGUCGACAGAUUAAUGGCUACACAAGAUGAAAUAUUGAGUUGAACGUGGGCUCGAGCUCCCAGAGAUAAUACAUAUAUUAAAAUGUUCAUUAAUUAAGGAACGAUACAGAACAGAGGAAUAUUGGAAAUAAAUCUGUGCUUUUCAUGCUCUUUUAACCACUACCCUCGCCACUUUUCGUUUACAAUCUAGAUAUCCCGAGGUUUUUUAAUUAAAUAGACAAAAUAAUAACGAUAUAUCGAAAUUGAGCAGCUGGCUGCGAUGUACCAGGGAAUCAUUCGUUCAGAAUGCGAGUAUUGUACCGUACAUUCCUUUGGCUAUAAACCGUAAUUUAAGGAAACAGAAUGAAAAACAAUUUUAAUGAUUAUUAAUGCACUUCUGUGUCCCAAAAUCUAUAUCACAAAUAUCGUUCGCCUCACAUCCACAAUCUCCUGGAUCACUCAAACAUUUAAGAGACUUCGAGAUUGGGGAAAAGUAAUUAGUCAUGUCCGGGGAAUGUUCGGAUUAUACUGAUUUAUUUUAUUUCACUCCCGAGGUCUCGAAAUAUUUUCCAAAUAUUAUUCAAUUGAAAUAUUUUUUAAUGAAUCGCUCCGCAGAUCUUCGAGUUAUUAUUUUUCUCAUUUUAAUCGAAUUCCAUGAGCUCAUUGGGACUAGAAUUCGACAAGUAGAUUAUCUAUAACUCUUGAAUCCUUCGUCGACAACAUUCAUUUUUUCUAGCAUUAAUAGAAAAAUGUUAAGCACAAAUAAAACGCCAGUGUUACGAGCCUCUCAUAAAGUGAAAAAAUUAAAAAGAAUAAAACAACUAGCAAAAUGAAAUUCCGUCGAAAGGUUUCAAUAGGUAUAAAGCUAAGAUAAAUGUCCUCAUGUUUUUUCCCCUGCAUCCGAUUAACUCGAAUCGUGUGUUAAAAUGUUAUCGCUUGUACCCAGACGCUUCACGAGAGG